AUGGAAUCGGUGCGAUCGCACAUCAGUCGAUCGGAGUUCUUCAACCCUGAAGACGCUGAUCCCGACGAAUCAGGGCAAAAGGAGCGGCGACGUGCGAUUGUGGCCACCACAGAGACGCAGCAGGAAGGUGGUGCAAUCUCCCAGCGCAUUCGAGUGUCGGCAAUGACAGAGCUGAAGGUAUUCAAUGGCAAAGAUCUAGACGAAGAUCGAACCAGAAGCUGA